ACCAGCUCUCGCAUACACGUAGCUGACACAGAACGAGGCUCGCAGUCUCCCACACUCAUGCAGAAGACUACUAAAACCGCGGAGUAAAGGAUCGCUAGAUCUGGAGAGGAGACCCAUCAGCGUCUGAGGAGUCCCUUUCCAGGGGACGUUUUCACCAUGAACCUCUCUCUGAAAAAUAGGACUUAAUUUUUUCCUCAGCACUGCUAUAAUUCCCUGCUACUGAAAACCAGGCGAGAUACGGACGGUGUUACAUUGUUUCCGUCCGAAUUCCGAAGCCCUCACCCCUCUAUAUUUUAGAUUUUAUUUGUUAACAUUAUUAUUUCUGCUGUUCUGCUUGUUGUUAACCUGACCAACAACUGUCAUGCUGCUGAAAGUAGGGUUGAUAUGCCUCCUUUACUGGGGGUUCACCUCCAGCGAGCCCCCGGCGGCCGCGAUAAAGCCCCGGUCACAAACUUUGGAUUUUGGGUUCGUUCCCGCUGGAGUUUAUGAAACAUUGGCUUAUUAUGAACCGGGACCCAUCGGGAUCCUGUUUCACAUGGUCCACGCUUUUCUGUAUGUUGUUCAACCCAACCCGUUCCCGAAAGAUCUCUUCGUCAAAGUGGCCCAGAACAAAUUAGGCUCGGUCCAGGCCGAAUAUCAGAAGCCGGAGAACGUUGUUCUGACGCUCCAGGUCAUGUACUAUGAGAUGGGCUUCAUCGUGUGUGCCGCCCUGGGCCUGCUCUUCGUCCUGCUCAUGCCACUGGUGGGGCUCUGCUUCUGCAUGUGCCGCUGCUGCGAUAACUGUGGCGGGGAGAUGCACCAGAGGCAGAGGAAGAACGCCGAGUGCAAGAGGGGAUUCUUCACCACCCUGCUCUUCGCCGCCUCCUUCUUCAUCACGGCUGGAGUCCUCUGUGCCUACGCAGCCAAUCAGAACCUCAGUUCCCAACUGAAAGGCAUGAGGAAGCUGGUCAACAGCAACAUGAGAGACCUGCAGACAUUCGCCAACCAGACGCCCGCGCAAAUCGACUAUCUUAUUGGGCAGUAUGCCACCGCAAAGAACCAAGUUGUAUCUGACCUUGAGAAUAUUGGGCCUUUGCUUGGAGGUGCAGUUCACAAGCAGCUGGGUAAAGAGGUUAUCCCUGCCCUUGACGGUGUGUUAAACAUGGCUGGAGUGAUGCGGGACACCAAAGAGGCUCUGGAGAAUGUGAACAUGUCCAUAGAGGUGCUGCAGGACGGCUCCAGCAAGCUGGCCUUCAAUCUGAGUGUGGUGCGCUCCAGUCUCCGCUCCACCCUCAACGACUCGGCCUGUGCUGCCCAGGCUGCCGUGCCCAUCUGUGCCAGGAUCCGCAACUCUCUCGCCCAGCUGGGUAUCAGUGCCAACUACUCCAACUUGCCGGAUGUGAGUCAACAGCUGGCGAAAGUGAAUAACGUUCUUAAGACUGACCUCAGCAAUAUUGUUCAAAAGGGAUAUUUGUCAUUCAAUGACACCCCCUACAUGGUGAAGUCUCAAACCAAGAAUAUAGUCACAAAGGUGAAAAACAUGCUGAAUGAUGUCAGCUCCAACAUCACCAGCUUCUCAAAGAUAUUCCCCGUCGAGGAGUCCCUCUCCAACUUCACCAAGUACAUCAGUCACACCCAGUCGAAGAUCGAGGACUACUACCCGCAGAUUGACCAGAUAGACUUCUACAGGUGGAUCUGCUGCAUUGCGCUCUGCUGCAUGGUGGUGCUAAUCUUGGCCUUCAAUUUCCUGGGCCUGUUUUGUGGAAUUACCGGCUACGAUAAACAUGCCUCCCCCACCACCCGUGGCUGCAUCUCCAAUACUGGUGGCAACCUGCUCAUGGCGGGUGUUGGCUUCAGUUUCAUCUUCUCCUGGGUGCUGAUGGGCGUUGUAGUUGUCGUCUUUGUUGUCGGGGGCAAUGUGGAGAAGCUGGUCUGUGAGCCCUUUGAGUCUAAACAGCUGUAUGAGGUUGUGGAUACUCCAUAUCUGGUGAAUCCUGCCUGGAAGAAUUUUAUUCCUGGAUUCCUGUACCACAAACCUGAGAUUGACCUGACUGCAGAAAACCUAUACAGAAACUGCAAAGAAAACAACGGCAUCUAUUCGGCUCUGCGUCUGGACAACAUCUUUAACGUGACAGCCUUCUUAAACUCCAGCGUGUACACUGAGGACAUGUCGCACACUAUCAACGACGUCAGAGUGGACCUGAGCAACAUCGUCCUACUGGAGACGGAGGGGAGACACAACCUCAUCCAGUUCAGCAACACGGGGGUCGAUGAGAUAAACUACUCCCUCUACCUGGAAGAGGUCAACAAAGGUGCAACAAUGGUGGACUUGUUAUCAUUUUCCAAUGAGCUAGAUGCCCAGAUUGACAAACUGAAGCGGGGAGCCCUGGAGAAUGCCCUGAGAGGUCACGCCAGCAGUAUCCGGCAGAUCCACAACCAGCUGGUGGUCCCAAUGGAGCAGUCCAUGAAAUAUGUUAGAGCGAGGAGUACUUUGAACCAGAGUGCCCUGCUGCUGCAGAAGACGGUCUCUGACCUUCCUAACUCGAUCAACAAUGUGCUUAAUGCCAUUGAUGCAGCCCAGAACCUCAUCGGCCAAAACGCCUCACACGUUGUCAAACAGGAGACCGAUAAGUACAGGCAGAAUAUUGUGGGCUACUUCAAACAAUACACAGACUGGGUGAAGACCUCUCUGGAAAUGGAAGUGGCAACCUGCAAGCCCCUGAGCAACAUCUUGGACACCGCGGAGAUUGUAGCCUGUAGCUUCAUAGUGGAUUCAUUAAACACGUUCUGGUUCGGCCUGGGAUGCUGUGCCAUAUUUCUUAUCCCGAGUGUAAUACUGUCCGUCAAGUUGGCCAAAUUCUACCGCCGAAUGGACACGGAAGACGUCUACGAUGACAUUGAAACAAUACCCAUGAAAACUAUGGAAAUGGGUAAUAAUGGUUAUCAUAAUGAACAUUUACAAGGUAUCCAAAACCCUGUAAUGACAAGCAUCCCUUCCUAUGACACUGUGACUCGCUUCCCACGGGCCUCUGCUCCGCCCAGGCACGCUGACUGGUGAGAGAGUGCUGGGGUUUACCAGGUCCAGCAAGUGCCAUUGAAACCUGGAACUGAGACUCCCUUGGAAAUCUAGUUCCAGUAUCACAGGAAUAAAUGAAGAAGAAAAAUAAUUCCUAACACCGGAAGAAGGCCCGUGGUGUGGGCAAAAUUUCCUCGAUCGCCUGAUCCACCUUUGCCUGGAUGUCCUCUCCCACGUCUCCUCCCACUCCCAAAUUCUACCAUGCCCCGCCAAAUGCGCCACUCCGGAGAACAUACCGCUAACAGCGCGGGUAACGGAGUGGUCUCAAAAUCCCCCAGAGCCUUCACGGACAUCAAACAAGGCAGAACCUGAAGCUCAUCUAAGCCUGAACCUGCCCCUCACCACAGCCACCAAAGCCAACUGUGACUGCAUUCCCCCGAUAAGCAUUGUAUACAUCAAAGACAAACUUGUACAUUUUGUACACGUUCCAAAACUAUGUGUUUUAUAUUGAUUUUUUGUUGAUAUUUGUUUUAUAAACGAUGUCCCGUGUGUUCGUUUUCUUUUACUUCUGUGUGAAUAUCUUGCUGGUAAGAACGCGGCUGUAGAGCUGCUAUAGUUUGUCACAGUCUUCGGGUCUGGCAGUGAGGUGUCCGGUGGUUUCUCACCGCAGAUGUAGCCAUGGUGGUGAAGAGCUUAGGCAGAUGAGUAGUUCCAUGGCAGUGUUUGAAGCGGGAUGGAAAAAUAUGAGAGGAACCGAAUCUUUGAGAGCAUGCUGGAAAAAAUGUGGCAAUGUGUGGAAACUGUCCGUAUGGGGACCAAGCAUGCUGAUAAAUAAUUAUUUACUGACUGCUGCCUUUUGAAUAUGUGUAUAUCGCUCUGAAUGAGUUCACCUUGAGGUUACUGAGAGUAUUUCCUGCCGCUGCAUGACUAAUAUAUCUUUAAUUCCUUGACACAAAAUAGCAGGGAAUUAUCCUUCCAUGAUUUAAUUUUACUACUUCACAGAUUUAUUGUAUAGAUACAUAAAUAAAGCACUCCUAGUUAUAUAAUAUUGAAUGAUAUCUCAAAAUUAUGAGGUAUACUAACAGGUGAUGAGCCGUGCGUGUGAUUAUAGUCAAAGUCACAGAUAAGAAAGAGAACUGCUGUUAAAUACCAAAACAUAUUUUUCCUGUAGAUCUCAGGUAUUUGUCAUUGAACUAGGUGCUCACAAUAACACAAUAACAAUGCAUAAUACACCACUAUGUCUUUUUUGAGAAAACACCUUUGAAACUAGUUGAAACUAUAAGCAAGGCUAACAUAUCAGAGGAUUAAUUGGACAGAUGUAUCAUGUUUAAAAACCUUUGGAAGACAAACUGGGCUAUGUUUAACACCUGGUUGACACAAGCCACACAAAUAACUGCAGACAAUUUUUUUUUUCAACACUUAUUUUUCAGUGUCUUGUGUUUUCUAUUUCUUUGUUCAUGUUGCUUCUGGUAGAGAUAUCUUCUGCUAACCUUAAGAACUGUAAGAUAUGCCAUAAACUAUUUCACAGAGUACUGAAGUUAAGUACUAGAAUAUUAUCUUGUCACUUUUACAAUUUUCACACAUCACUGGUGCUUGGGAGUAAUUUUGGAAGUGGUUAUGAAGUAGCUCAAAGCAUGAGUGUGUUUACGGCUACUGCUGGAAAUUUCAGUCAUAUAUCAUAUGAAAAUACUGUACAAACUGUGAAUAAAGAUUUCGGUUCAGUGA